UGCCUAGAUGUGAAAUUAUGAGUUGUUACUCGUUGCAGUGAGGCAGCACAUUCAGUAAGAUCCUUUGCCCAGCUCUUAGCAGGAAUUGUGCCGAUGCGGCGAGGCCUUGCCUUCUCGAAACGUGAAGAACAUUACAGUAAGUGCUGGAAGGCUCGGAAUCUGAUUGGCCAAGACAAGGACUCUGCAAACCUCAUUCACAACGACUCAUACUUCAGAUAUCAUUCUACACAAAGCGCCAACCGUCAUUUGAAGUUUAACAGUAUAGCACACAUCUUGAUUAUCACCCUCGUAGAAUCAACCACAAUCAAAAGGCGCAUCCAAAGUCAAACACCUUUAAACGCCACUGCAAAACCGAUAUCAAUUUUACAAUAUGGAUCCAGGAUUGAAUUCCCUCCUUAAAUGGGGUGUUGAAAAUUCGAAUGCAGGUCAACAGGGAGACCAACCUGCCAGAGAACCUAAAGGACUCUCAGCGGACGCUCUCCGGGCUCUUAUGGGCGGUCCCAGCGAUGCCGACCUGAUGAAAGAAGCCAUGUCCAUUAUCGUAUCAUCAGAUCCCGAAAUUACGCUCGACUCCAAAGUGACUGCCUUCGACAACUUCGAGCAACUCGUCGAAGGCAUUGACAAUGCGAACAAUAUGGAGCCCCUAGGUCUCUGGUCGCCCCUUCUGUCCCAAUUGGACAGUCCGGUAGCGGACUUACGACGCAUGGCAGCCUGGUGUCUGGGCACAGCGGUUCAGAACAACGAAAAAGCACAAGAACGGUUACUGGCCAUCAACGGUAUUGACAAGCUCUGCCAAGUUGCAGUGGAGGACACUGACCGAGCUGUCCGGAGAAAAGCCGUCUAUGCACUAAGUUCGGGCAUCCGAAACUAUCAACCGGCAAUGAACGAGGCUGUCAAGCGGCUGCCCAAGAAUAUCGUCGGGCCUGAUCAAGUGUCAGCGGCCGACAUGGAUGUCAUUGACGCUAUUAUGGAGAAACUGAGGGAUAUUGAGUGAAAAGUUGAAAGAAAAAGUCCACGAAAACCCAACAGAAAAGAGCCUAGAACCGAGAGGGAAAGGUGCUUGCUAGACAGAUUGUUGGUCUCUUAUGGUUGUCGAGGGACGACCAGGUUGUCGUACCUGUAGCCAGACCUGGUCGUGGCAAAUGUGGUGUGACUUCCGACGAGUUCAAGGCUGCUAUCAUCAGCACCCGGCCGCGAAGUGCAGCUUCGAGAAGGCUCCAGUGAUUGUGGAGGGAGCACAGUUAGAGGCG